AUGACUAUAGGCGUUAUGUUCCGCCAAAAGGAAAGUACUCAUCAAAUAAUGCUUGCAUUCAGUUUCACGUUAUUUGGUGAGCCCUCAGAAACAGAGCCCUGGGGUUACAUGCUGUUUGGCCAUCAUCUAUGCUUGAACGUUUUCAUCGCUCGCCAGCAAAUGGUGAUAGGACCAGUCUUUAUCGGCGCUGAGCCAAACAUCAUUGACGAAGGCCUCGACAAGGGUCUCACGCUGUGCGCCAACGAGGGCCAGCUGGGCCUGCAGCUGAUGCAGUCUUUACCUCCGAUACUGCAACAGAAAGCUCAAAUAUACCCUACAAUGAAAGAUCCUGCAAUGCCAGAAGGUCGGUGGAACCCAGCCGACCAGAGACACAUGGCCGGAGCCUUCCAAGACAACCGCGUGAUUCCUUACGAAGGCAUCAUUGUCACCGACAUGUCCGAAGAGCAGCAAAUACUCAUCAUGGCUAUUGUGCAUGAGUUCUUGGCCCUAUGGCCUGCUGAGCCACUCCGUCACCGUCUGAAGCAGAUACUCAAGCACCUCACCGAAACGCAUUUUUGUUGGAUUGGCGGGUUCGGAGAAGAUGACCCUUUCUAUUACCGUAUUCAGAGUCCGGUGGCACUCUUUGAGUUUGACCACCACUCGGGGGUCUUCCUGACCAACAAAGAGCCCGCCAAGUAUCACAUCCACACGAUCCAGAGACUUCCGAAUGGCAAUGACUACGGGAGGGCACUGCGGGAACUGCUCCGACCUCGAUAG